AUGGCUCCAGAAGAGGAAACCAGUAAAUUCUGUGAAGCAUAUCCAAUGAAAAGCCAUAACCAAAUAGCUCAGAGAGGAGUUGUGGAUGCUGCCAAAGAACUUCUGAGUAAGGCAAUUGCAGAAAAGCUUGAUAUAGACAUCUUGUUAUCUUCCAACAGCUUUCAAAUUGCAGAUUUGGGUUGCUCUGUUGGGCCAAAUACAUUUUUUGCGGUUGAAAACAUAGUUGAAGCUGCGAAAUUCAAGUUUCAAAGCCAAGGGCAGGAUUCGCAAGUUCCUGAAUUUCAAGUCUUCUUUAAUGAUCAUACCCCAAAUGAUUUUAACAUGCUCUUCAAAUCCCUCCCUCAGAAUAGGCGAUACUUUGCAGUCGGUGUGCCUGGUUCUUUUUAUGGUCGCAUAUUUCCUAAUGCUUCCUUUCACUUUGUUCACUCGUCUUAUGCAAUUCAAUGGCUUUCAAGCGUACCAAAAGUAGUAGUGGACAAAACCUCACCUGCUUGGAAUAAAGGACGAAUCCAUUACCUAAAUUCCCCAGAAGAAGUAGCAAGGGCUUAUGAAGCUCAAUAUGCAGAGGACAUGGAGUGCUUCCUGCAUGCCAGGGCUCAAGAGAUUGUGUAUGGAGGAUUGAUGUUACUUACCAUUCCGGGUCGCCCCAAUGGUAGUUCUCAUUCUCAUUCUUCAAUAAAUAUGAGCUUUCAACUUUUAGGAUCUGCCCUCAUGGACUUGGCUAGGAAGGGCGGUGUUAGCGAAGAGAAAGUAGAUUCAUUUAACAUACCAAUAUAUUGCAUGUCCCCCCAAGAACUGGAAGCUGCUGUAGAACGAAAUGGAAGUUUUAGCAUAGAGAGUAUGGAAAACUUACCUCAUGUCUCGGUAGAUGACACUGUCUCAAAAUCUCAACUAUUAGCAGCUCACAUGAGAGCUGGCAUGGAGGGGCUCGUCAAGCAGAAAUUUGGAGAAGAAAUCUUAGAUGAGCUCUUUGACUUGUUUCGUAAGAAACUUGAAAAGGCACCCUUCUUCUUUGAGACAGGGAAGACAACUAACUUUCUCUGUGUGCUUAGGCGCAAGGGAAAUGGAUUUGAACAUGCUGUUUAG